AUGGAGACUACACGAUCACCGUCAGCCCGUCACACAAUAAUCUCGACACUAUGUGAGGUGCUGAACAAUGAUUUCUCCAGCCAACUCCAAAGCCUGAUAGCCAGGUCGGGCGCAGCCGACAGUGCUUCUAUCCUCCGUAUUGAAGCGACCCUCUGUCCUGCAGUUGCUAAUUUGGCUAAAAAAGCGACUGGCCAGCAGACUGUUCGGUUGGGUUCUAUCGACCUGCGAAACGGUCACUUGGUGGUCGAAACUGACCCUACUCCGCCAGACUCACCGCAGCCUUUGCAGAGCGCCGCCGCGACAACGGCGCCUAUUGAAUGCAACGGCGAACCUCGCCGCACACGCCAUCGCAUGUCCAAUGUCAAUUUGUCUACCACAGCAGAGUCGGCUACAGAUGCUUAUGACUCACGUGAAUUGCAGAAGAGACGAAAGGUAGUGGGGGGCAUUCGCCCGUGCAUAUCAACUUCCAAGACGGUCUGUCCCGACGUGACCGAGCUUGAGACCGAGACGCCAGCCGAACAUACAGACCAACAGAUGCAGGAAAAUGAACCUCGUCAAUUUCGUGGCGAUGCGCGCUUUCCACAGCGAAAACCUCGCAAGGAAUGUUCCGUGCCAGUGAUGCAGCCAACUUCGACCGGCAAAUUUGUUAAUGGGCUUUGGAAGCAACUUUACUCGGAAAUUCAGUGGGACAACACAGCCUUGGAUGUAGAUCGGAAUAUGCCUAUCCACGGAGGUAUGAGUCGGGAGGCCUUUCGCACCGUCAAUGUAACCUAUUGGAUAGAUUGCUACGAAGCUCGGAUUGUUUCGAUCCGAAUUGAACACCCAGACCUAUCCUCUACUGAGGCGCGAAUGAUGGCCUUAAAAGAAGCCUGCGCUGUGCUCCGUCUUACUGAGAAGGAGUUACGGAAUCGACUGGCGAUCUGGCGAGGUUACAAGGAAAUUAAAGAUGCUGGAGGGUGGGCGAGCAUCAUCUUCGCGAGUACAGGUAUCUAUCGAUUUUGCAAAUACCGGGUGGGGUUUGACGAGAACUUGAUCUCGCAACUUCGCCAACUCCGUCAAAGUCUUGAGGUUGCCGCCGAUACGCUUCAUCCAGGCUGGCGGAAGCUGCUCGAGGUCAUCGGCCAGAAUUCCCCUACUCAGUACUCCGGUCAUCCUCACGAAUGGGUCACAACAAGCGGUCAACCGGCUCGUGAGCUAGCCUCAACAUACGAUCAUCAGCCCGGAGGCCUGAAUUACAACUUCAUCGACGAAUGUGUGGUUGACCAGACUGUAUUUGGUACGGACGAUCCCCGGCGGAUGCCACAGAUUGACCCGGAUAUCUGUCCGAGCUGCCAACAGCGGCAGUCGAAUGUUGUGGAUUUGAACCGCUGUAAUUGCUUCCCGACUUUAUUUGGAUGCCCAAAGCUUCCUGUGCCUGUUCAGAUUGGUCACGUCAGCAAAGGGAAAAAUAAUGGAGUUGUUGCUCGUUGUGCUUUUGAGCGAGGCGUGGCAGUUGGAGAAUUUGUCGGUUUUGUGACGAGCGGAGUGAAAGGACGUGAUGUGAUGAUGGGUGGUACAAAAAAUCGAGGACAUCAAAUUUUCCAAGGGGACAUGGGUAACUUCACUCGGUUUAUCAAUCAUUCUUGCCAUCCGAAUAGCCAGUUCCAGAAGUUCUUCUGGCAGGGCAUUGAGCGCAUUAUUGUGGUUUCACGAGGCAUCUCGCCAGGCAGUGAAAUAACCGUGGACUACUCUGAUCACUACUGGAAAUCGUUGGACAAGCAUUGCCUUUGUAAAGAAGCCUGCUGUCGUUUCCCACCAGCUUCUGAUAGCGGCACCGGCAAUUAA